AUGGCUAGGGACGGGGCCGGGCGCUGGGCAGGUACGGGGCCGGGUGCUGGGCUAGGGACGGGGCCGGGUGCUGGGCAGGUACAGGGCCGGGCGUUGGGCAGGUACGGGGCCGGGCACUGGGCAGGUACGGGGCCGGGCGCUGGGCAGGUACGGGGCCGGGCACUGGGCAGGUACGGGGCCGGGCGCUGGGCAGGGACGGGGCCGGGCGCUGGGCAGGUACGGGGCCGGGCGCUGGGCAGGUACGGGGCCGGGCUCUGCGCAGGUACGGGGCCGGGCGCUGGGCAGGUACGGGGCUGGGCGCUGGGCAGGUACGGGGCCGGGCGCUGGGCAGGUACGGGGCCGGGCGCUGGGCAGGUACAGGGCCGGGCGCUGGGCAGGUACGGGGCCGGGCGCUGGGCUGGUACGGGGCCACGCGCUGGGCAGGUACGAGGCCGGGCGCUGGGCUGGUACGGGGCCACGCGCUGGGCAGGUACGGGGCCGGGCUCUGGGCAGGUACGGGGCCGGGCUCUGGGCAGGUACGGGGCCGGGCGCUGGGCAGGUACAGGGCCGGGCGCUGGGCAGAUACGGGGCCGGGCGCUGGGCAGGUACGGGGCCGGGCGCUGGCAGGUACAGGGCCGGGCGCUGGGCAGGAACGGGGCCGGGCGCUGGGCUCUGAACUGGGGCCGAGGGGCCAAACAAGGGGCUGGGCGCUGGGCGAGGGACAAGGCCGGGCGCAAGUGUCGACGGGCCGGGGAUAGGGCACGCGGGCAGGAGGAACCCCCUCUUACCACCCCCUCACCCAGCAUGUUGCAACAGGGCACCGGGGCCGCGGUUAGGGGCGGCAGGUCGCGAGGGGCCAUGGCUAGGGGCGACGGGGCCAUGGCUAGGGACGGGGCCGGGCGCUGGGCAGGUACGGGGCCGGGUGCUGGGCAGGUACAGGGCCGGGCGCUGGGCAGGAACGGGGCCGGGCGCUGGGCAGGUACGGGGCCGGGCGCUGGGCAGGUACAGGGCCGGGCGCUGGGCCGGUACGGGGCCGGGCGCUGGGCAAGUACGGGGCCGGGCGCUGGGCAGGUACAGGGCCGGGCGCUGGGCAGGUACGGGGCCGGGCGCUGGGCAGGUACGGGGCCGGGCGCUGGGCAGGUACGGGGCCGGGCGCUGGGCAGGUACGGGGCAGCGCGCUGGGCAGGUACGGGGCCGGGCGCUGGGCGCGGAACGGGGCCGGGCGCGGGCUAG